AUGACAGACUACAUGACUGGGCGACCUGUGGUGCACGAGUCGCUGCAGGCAUCUUCGCCUCUCGCGACCCUUGUCCGCCAAACAUCCACCCGUCGCACUGGCAAAUCUAGUCCCGGGCGGGAGCAAAGACACGGAAACUAUGAAGCCCAACCUGAACCUCUUGCUAUAACUGUGACUCCUGAGAUGGACUAUGGCUCACCUGAGCGUGGCGAAGAGCGAAGGAAAAUGGGCCGUCCGCCGUCGAGUCCAUUGCUGCAUACGCGCUUCCGAGCAAGCACCGGCACCCAGCACUCAUUCAACACGCUCGCGAUGCCGUCCCAAGACAAUUCUUUCGGAUACGGACAGGACGUAUACUAUGACGAAGACUCCAGCAUCUACAUGCCCGAUUAUCCUAGCCCACGUGGAUUCGCUGGCGAAGGCGGCAAGCAUGAUUCUCUAGAUGUGCCGGACUACAAGUAUCGCCCACGAAGAUCGAGCGAACUCGACCCCUUCGUGCACUCCUCGUCGCCAUCAUCACCUGUCACGCCGCCCAGUGCUGUACCUCAAGUCCGCGUCGAUCCUCCAGAACAAUACGCGUACCCAUCAGCUUCGACGCCAUCAUCAUCAUCCACCGCAUAUCCUCCAGUACCUGCUUCGGCGCCUGCGACUGUGCCCGCCGGCCGAGUGCCAAGCGCCACAGGCUCGAUCAACUAUAGCCGCCCGCAUAGGCCAAGCGUAGAGGGGACCGAAGACGCCAAGCGCCGCGUCCUCGAACGCAACGCGCAACGCCGAAAUGCACCACACUCGGCCGCCACAUCAAUGUACUCCCAAUCCAACUCGAUGUACAGUCAAUCGCGCGACGCCAUCUCGAGCGCCUACUCUGUCGUCAGCGCGCCCGGUACCCCAUACAACCAUAACCGCGGACAAGAGUCUAGAGCUGUGCCCACUCGCAGCGAUAGUGACCCCGCGGGACUAAACACUGCCCCGCCUGCGCGCUCGCGUUCAAAUUCACCGCUUCAUCCCGACGCUAGUACAAGUACCCGACCGUCUGGUCCCUCGCGUCCACCAAGACCACCAACACUCGACAUACCAGAUCCCGUCAUGCUCUCUGCUUCUGGACCAUCUACCCAUCAAUCGGCGGAUAGCGGCACGCCUGUUAGCGUGUACAGCAACUAUUCGUACUAUCCGUUCGAGAGUGCUGCUCCUUCUCCCGUCGGCGCUACGCUACAGGUGCCAGGCACGGCACCGGCGAUGUAUCGAUCACAUUCUUCACCCCAACUGGGCUCUUCCUCACCUUCCGCCUCUGGUUCCGGCGCACCAUCCUCAUCUUCUGCACGCCCAUCUACAUCCACCUCCCGCGUACCUUCGCCUUCCUCAGGACCGCGCACAGCAGACGACUACCUCCAACUUGGCAUCACACAUCACGAAGCCAACCGCCUAGAAGAAUCAGCCCGAUGUUUCGAGCAAUCCGCGCGUCUAUCCGUGAACUCCCCAAAUUCCGAAACGAGCGGCGUCGGCAUGCUCAUGUACGGCUUGACACUGCGACACGGAUGGGGAUGUCCGCAAGACGAGAAGGCUGGAUUCGCGUGGUUGAGGAGAGCGGCGGAGGCGGCUGUGGGCGAUUUGGAGAGGUUUAGGAGGGAGAUGCCUGGGCCGUCCGCACCUGGUGCGGGAGGGAAAGGAGGGAAGAACGAUGAGGCGGUUAAGGUUGAACUUAUCCUUGCGAUCUAUGAGGUUGGGCAGUGCUUCGUUCAUGGGUGGGGCGUGAAGAAGGACCCAAAGAUGGGCGUGAGCUACUUUCGCGUCGCGGCGAACCUUGGCGACGCCGAUGCACAGCAGGAGCUGGCGUUCUGUCUUGCCAAUGGUCGCGGAUGCAAGAAGGACAGGAAGGAGGCCGCACAUUGGUAUCGAGAGGCGGUCAAACAGGGGGCGAGCGAUGUUGGGCUCGCUUGGAUCUAUAAGGAGAAGUUCCAGUAA